AUGAGACAGAAAGUAGCUAUUUCCAUAAGCACUAAGCUUCCACCUGCAGAUAAAACACCACCUUUUACUACUUGGAUAUUUUUGGACAGAAAUCAGGGAAUGGCCGAUGACCAGUUGUUGGGAGGCGAUGCAUCUACUGUAACCAAAAUAGAAGUGAAGCUCUCAUCUAUAGUGACAGUUAGGAAGAGAUUACUGAACCAGAGGAAGAGAAACUUUAAUAUCAUAUUGUAGAAGUUUGUCCGAAUGAUAAUAUCCUUUUGAUUAUUUAUUUAUUUAUUUAUUUAUUUUGCUUUGUAAAAAACCAUUUGAAGCACACACUUCAUGAUCUUAAUUUGAAUCCUCAUAAUACAAAGGAGUGAAAGGACGAUGGU